CUGAGGGAGACAGCAGAAAGCAAGAGUCUGAAUAACUUUCACACAUUAAAGCUGCUUACGGAUCUUUUGGGGACCUUCAACUCUCUGGUUAAUUUGUGGAAUACUUUUCACAGAGGCCUGGACUGACUUAAAUCUUUUCCUGCUGAAAAGAAAAAUGGCACUCAGACAAGACUCAGAUAAAGAACCACUAAUCGAGCUCUUCAUAAAGGCGGGUCAUGACGGAGAGAAUGUGGGGAACUGUCCCUUCUGCCAGAGACUCUUCAUGGUUCUUUGGCUGAAAGGAGUGAAGUUCACAGUAACCACUGUUGACAUGAGGAAGAAGCCAGAAGAGCUAAAAGACUUAGCUCCAGGUACCAACCCUCCUUUCCUCCUGUACAAUGGCACGCUGAAGACUGACUUCAUUAAGAUCGAAGAGUUCCUGGAGACCACCCUCGCCCCUCCCCGCUAUCCUCAUCUCAGUCCCCGCUACAAAGAGUCUUUUGAUGUUGGCGCUGACAUUUUUGCCAAGUUCUCUGCGUUCAUCAAGAACAGCCCAAACAAUGCUUUCCACGAAAAAGCCUUAUUGAGGGAGUUUAAGCGCCUGGAUGACUAUCUGAACACUCCGCUUCAGGAUGAGCUGGAUCAAAACAUCAGCGAAUCCAAAAGAAAGUUCCUUGAUGGCAACCGCUUGACACUGGCAGACUGCAACUUGCUGCCAAAGCUGCACGUCAUCAAGGUUGCUGCCAAAAAGUACUGUAAUUUUGAGAUUCCAGCUCAGUUCACUGGAGUGUGGCGUUACCUGCAGAAUGCAUAUGAGAGACAAGAGUUCAGCCAGACCUGUCCAGCUGAUAUUGAAAUUGAGAAAACCUAUUUGAGUGUGGCAAAGAGGAACUGAGCUUCAGAUUAAUGAAGCAAUAUUGUGAUAAAAUGUUUAAAUAGUGUAAAUAAAACUAGAUAAAAGGUUUAUAGCCAUCAACAUAGUUGUAGUUCACAGGUAUAAAAAUCUAUUACAGUGAGGACAAAAAACAAACAAAAAAAAAAACACACCACACCACACACAGUUUACUUUCAUUGUGCCUUUGAUCUCAAAGCCCAUUAGAUUUACUAGAAUACUUCUGAGUGACUGCUACAGUCAACGAGGCUUUAUUCUGGUAGUUUUAGAGGUUAUAGGAUCCUUUGCAAAUGAUCUUGAGCACAACAGUCAACAGAGUAGUGCUUUUAACUGCAUAUCAUAUGUAAUUGUAAUUUUUUGUGCAUAUUUGUGUAUAUAUGUAUUUUACAAUAAUUAGGGCGUAUUCGGUUACGUAUAUAUGUAUACCUAAAAAGUCUAUGUGUUUUAAUCAUCUGUAAUGAGCUUAAAACACUGUGCAGACAAAAGUUUAGUCAAAUCAUGCGCAGUACUGAAGUCAGUGAGUCAUGCAGCCGUAAUGGUUGUUUUGUAUUAAGGGUUAUUGUGAUGGAUGUAUGAGUCUCACAGACACCAUUGUUAGACUUUAUGAUUGUUUAAGAAAGAGAUUAAACUGCUUUCUUUCAGAUUGUACUUAAAAAUAAAAUUAAUAUCAUAUAUAUCA